AUGGCUACUGGCACAUGUCAUAGCAUGAUGGGGCUCACAGCCGUCCAGUAUUUCCGCAACUUCAAGCGUUACUCAAGACCACCAGCCUCUGAAUCCGAAAUUUGUUGCGACGAAGCACUUACAACACAGUCGGAAAUCUCUACCACGGCGGAUGAAACAACCUUCGAGGCCACUACAACUCCAGAGCCUCCAACAACUACUGUCGACGCUUGUGUGGCAGGCAUAACCUCAGUUGGAGGCUCACCUCCCUUGCAAGAUCGUAUCGAUGACUGUGAAGAGUUCAAUGUGAUCACCGUCAGCCCAUACACAGUUACCGAGACCAUUUUAUCCAAGCGGUGGGAAUAUCGCAUCCCAACAGGCUGGCCCACUGCAAGACCCACCAACAAACAACUUGUUCGCCGUCAAGACCCCGAAGCUACUACCAUCUUCCCAAGCGAGACUCCCGCUUAUGCUACGUAUUGUGACUCGGCUGAGAAGUAUUAUGAUGCGUGCUCUAGCGCUGGUGUUACUGCUGUGACGACUACUUUGACGACACCUACUGAAACCGAGACGGAAGAAGAGCCUGCGUGUCGUGGUGCGUCGAUGGUGAAGAGGGCGGGUGAAGGUUUGGGAUAUCAGUUUGAGGAUGAUUGGGAUGUUAUCCGUAUGCUUGGGUGGAGAUAUUUCUGA